AUGCUGUCCCGUAAGCCGGCCUACAAGCCCCAAGAGAGAGUGUCCAAGUCCAGGGCGUUGAACGCGUCCAUCCUCACUGUCCUUACGUUGUUGUUGGUAGUCAUGUGGGCUUACCACACCGUGUGGGCAGUCAAGGUCAUGAUCAACAGACCUUAUGGUAGCUUCUUGAACAACUUGAUCUUUGGCCCUGGUACCUUGAUCGCCAACACGGGGGUAAGCACCAAGAUCGUCUCUUACAUCAACACCAAGUUGGUCGAGGACAAAAUCGAUUCUGACCACAAGAAGUACAUUUAA